CGCCUCGAUCUCCCGGCCGCCUUCACGGAGCACUGGAAGGGCGUCACCCACCAUUACCUGGAGGCCCCAGAUGAAAACAAGUCGGCGAAGCAGACGGACAUUCCCUGGCGCUUAAAACAGAUGCUGGACAUCCUGGUCUACGAGGAGAAGCAACAGCAGGAAGGGGAGACGGGACCCUGCCUGGAAUACUUGCUGCAACACAAAAUCCUGGAGACACUCAGCACUCUGGGGAAAGCAGAGUAUCCUCCAGGAAUGAGGUCACAGGUGCUUCUCUUUUUCAGUCGCCUGCUGGGGCAGAUGCAGAGCCCUCUCUUGCAUUACUUCAAUGUUUACCGGCCUGUUCAGAAACUUCUUCAGCUUCAGGGGGAUGCAUUAGGCCCUGAGCUCGAGAAGGAAGCGCUGCAGUUUGUUGCUGUUCUAUGUACCAAAAUCAGGCAGGAACCUGCUCUGCUACCACACAUCCUAGAGGGCCAGAAUGUUGGUUCCCUGGGAUUGGCAGCCAAGCCAAGCACGACCUCUGGCCAGACCCUGCCCUCCUCUGAAGAACGGGGUGGAGGGCUGAUUCCAGAGAAACCACUCGGGGACCCUGCUGCCUCCAUGCUGAAUUUGGUGACUGCUCUAAUUGGCUUAUGUAAGAGCAAGAACAAGAAGGUUGUGCUAAAAGCCCAGGAGAACCUACUGCUUCUUACCAGGGUGGACCAUCCAACCGCUGCCCAGGCCUUGGCCCAAGACAGCAUGCUGUGCCUUCUGCUACCCGACUAUCUCUGCUCUCUGUACAAGGCCAUCCCUGUUACCAUCAAGCCUGCCGAUGUUACCAGGCUUCCACCCGUCCCAUGCAGGCUCCAGAGUGACGCCUCAGUGGAGGAAAGCUCCUUCCCAGGAGAGCACACCCUAGAGUCUUUCUUUGAUUGGCUGGAUUUUUGUGACCGUCUCGUGAAGCAGGCUCAUCCCGUUGUCGGAGAUGCCCUGAGCACGACUGUGGGGCGGAGGCUCUUCCUGGAAACCUUGCGGCCUCAACUCUUGCAGAUGUCAGACUCUGGGAUUCUCUUUUCAGUGGCCAUCCUGACGGGCCUGGCGAGACGGAUUCACGCUCCUGCCCUCCUCCAGCAGCUGGCUGGGUUUCUGCUGGGAGCAGAAAUGGAUCCCGUCAGGCCCAGCGAUUCAGCCUGGCGGCCACAGAGCCCCAGCCUCUGCUCACGGCUGAUUGAGAACUGCAGCCAUCCGUCUGAUGAGAUCAGCAUGGCCACCCUACGGUUGUUUGAGGAGCUGCUUUGGCUUCCUGACCAGCGCAUCUUGCAGAGCCUGGUGCUGUGCCAUCUGGAGGAGCGCAGCUACAUCUUGAGAAGUCCACCUGGUCAGGAAGAUCUUGCCGUCCCUGAACAAGAGUUUUGUGAAGAGGGGCUAGACCUAGAAGAAGAUCCUUACUUUGCAGAUGGGCUCCCAGCAGCCGAGCCCCAGAGGCCAAGCAAGCCAGCCACCUUGGCUCCAAAGGAAGGGCCUGGCCAGCCAGCGGGGCCUGUGGAUGUGAAGGAGGCAGUCAGCAGCUUCCUUUGCCUAGUACCAAGUGAGGUGAAGACCUCCGCUUGUCUGGAGGAGGCGGGAUAUGACACUUACGUCCAUGAUGCUAAAGUACUGUUUCAAGAAUGCUGUGCGAAUGUUGCGUGCUGGACGUGGCCCGAGGCUCAGCUGCCCCAGAAGAGCAGCCCUGCGGGACCCCGGUUUUAUGAGGGUCCUUUCCUGCAGGUGCUCUUUGAUCGGCUGGCCCAGAUCUUACACCAGCCCUAUGCAAUGAAUCUGCAGGUGACGUCGGUGCUGUCUCGCUUGGCCCUCUUCCCUCACCCUCACCUCCACGAGUACCUUCUGGACCCCUACCUCCCAUUGGCCCCUGGCUGCAGGACCCUCUUCUCGGUGCUAAUUAGGGUGAUCAGCAGCCUGAUGCACAGAGCCCAUCGGAUCACAGACCUCUCCACCAACUUGCUGCUGGUCCGGAAAAAGCUAAUGGGGCUGGUGCCAGAUGACCCCCCGAUUGGCCACCAGAUGCUCUUGGAGGGGGUGAUCGUGCUGGAGGAAUUCUGCAAAGAACUGGCUGCCAUCGUCUUUGUCAAGUCUGCCCUCAAGGGCCCUCCUGGGCAGAGUCAGCAGUGCGCUCCUUCCCCCAGCUGAAAGGUCUGGGUCUCUGGCACGUUGGCUCCCCUGCCUCUUUGAGGCCUUCAGGAGUUGAGAGCAACACCCUGGCUGACUUCCUGUGUGUAGAGAAAAGCAGCAG